AUGGAAAAAGGAGAAGAACACUCAUCUCCUCUUAUACCAUCUAGCUCAAAUCCUUUAACUGCUCCAAACCUUUCAAAUUACAUGCACGGUUGGCAUGGACUAGUGGCUGCAUGGUCACCGGCUUUUAUGCCAUACCCAAAUGGCGACCAAUAUCCAAGCAACAUUCAGUAUGGGAUGAGACCUCCGAUUUCUCUCAUCACUACAAGCUCCGUAACAAGCUUAAGAGUUUGUACAGAGGAUACACCCGAUUGUAGGGAAACUGAAGCGCUAUGUACUUCCUCUAAAGUCAAUGAGGAAAGUAAAGAGGAUAGUCAUGCCAGGACACCUGAGUGUGUCCAAAAAGAUGGUGGUGAUGAAAUUGAGGUUCCAAAGUCGGGGAUGGAAUUUAAUUCUUUUGAAGAAUUAUUGAGUUAUUAUAAGGAAUAUGGCAAAAAAUGUGGGUUUGGGGUGAUGACAAAAAGGAGUAAGAAGGCGGACGAUGGGACUAUUAGAUAUGUCACCCUUGCUUGUGCCUGCGGUGGGAAGGCCCGGAAUAAAUCGUUGAAUCUCGCCAAACCACGUCUGACAGGAAAGACAGAAUGUAAGGCAAAGAUUAAUGCCUUAAAAGUUGAGAGAAAUGUGCGGUUGACAACAGUUCAUAAUAUCCAUAAUCACGGCCUUAGUCCACAGAAAUCUCGCUUCUUUCGUUGUAAUAGAGAAGUUAGCGAGACUGUAAAAAGAGUUCUAGAUACAAAUGACUUGGCUGGCAUCCGAAUGAAUAAGAACUUUGGCAGUCUUGUUGUUGGCGCGGGAGGAUUCGAUAACCUCCCAUUUUUUAGAAAAAGAUUGUCGUAAUUAUAUCGACAAGGCAAGACAUUUGCGACUUGGGAAAGGUGGCGCUAGAGCACUUCGAGAGUAUAUUUUAAGGAUGCAGUACAAAAAUCCAGGGUUCUUUGCGUUGAUGGAUUUAGAUUAUGACGGGAGAUUAAAGAAUGUCUUUUGGGCAGACCCCCGUAGUAGGGCAGCAUAUCAGUUUUUUGGUGAUGUGGUUACAUUCGACACCACAUAUUUGACGAAUAGAUAUGAUAUGCCCUUUGCACCAUUUGUUGGUGUAAGCCACCACGACCAGUCAAUUUUGUUGGGAGCAUGGUUGAUUUUUAGUGAGGAUACGGAGACCUUUGUAUGGUUAUUCCAAACUUGGUUGCAUUGUAUGGAUGGUAUA